GAUAAUAGCAUUUACACUGCCUGCCCCCCGCAGCCCUCAUUGUAAGAGCGCCCCCUCCCCUCUAUGUGCAACAGGCAGUGUGCUCCGCUAUACUGGACGUGCGGACUAGUGCUGAGCCCGGGACCGCACAGCGCCGAGGAGCACAGCACACCUACGGUACCGGGGAGCAGAGCACUACAGCCGAGCACAGCACACCUACAGUACCGGGGAGCAGAGCACACCUACGGUACCGGGGAGCAGAGCACACCUACAGUACCGGGGAGCAGAGCACUACAGCCGAGCACACCUACAGUACCGGGGAGCAGAGCACACCUACAGUACCGGGGAGCAGAGCACACCUACGGUACCGGGGAGCAGAGUACCGGGGAGCAGAGUACACCUACAGUACCGGGGAGCAGAGCACUACAGCCGAGCACACCUACAGUACCGGGGAGCAGAGUACACCUACGGUACCGGGGAGCAGAGCACAGAACCUAGGACUGUACACAGUGGAGCUCACAAUGUUCGGAUUUAACGACCCCCUUAAAAUGAAGCAGUGUUACUUUAACGAAAGUAUCGGCUUCUUCUACAACAAGAGCGGGAAAGACUUGACAACAGAAUGGAGGCCGAAGGACAGCCUGGUGGUCGGCCUGGGACUUACUGUGUGCGUCUUUGUACUUUUCACCAACAUACUGGUCAUUACGGCCAUCAUAAUAAACAAGAGGUUCCACUAUCCUAUCUACUAUCUCUUGGGGAACUUAGCGGCUGCAGAUCUAUUCGCUGGAGUAGCCUACACUUAUCUCAUGUUCCAUACCGGCCCACGGACUUCCAGCCUAACGUUGAAAACCUGGCUCCUCCGGCAAAGUUUACUAGAUACCAGCCUCACCGCCUCAGUGGCCAAUCUAUUGGCCAUAGCUGUAGAGCGGCACCAGACGGUCUUUGCCAUGCAGCUCCACAGCAAGAUGUCCAACCAACGCGUCUGCAUCCUCAUCGCCUGCAUCUGGCUCACAGCUUUGCUGCUGGGACUCAUCCCGUCCUUUGGGUGGCACUGUAUUUGUAACAUUGAGACUUGCUCGCGAAUGGCCCCGCUGUACAGCCGGAGUUAUCUUAUCUUCUGGGCGGUAUCCAACCUGGUGGCAUUUCUCAUUAUGAUGGUGGUAUACUUGCAUAUCUUUGUGUACGUCAAGAGGAAGAUGGCCAGGAUGUCCAGGCACACAUCGUUCCAUCCCAAGUACCGGGAGACCAUGAUCAACCUAAUGAAGACCGUCUUCAUCAUAUUGAGUGCGUUUAUCAUCUGCUGGACUCCAGGCCAAAUUGUCCUCCUUCUGGAUGGCUUAGAUUGCAAACAGUGCAAUGUUCUGGCUGUUGAGAAAUACUUCCUGCUCCUUGCCGAGAUCAACUCCGUCAUCAAUCCCAUUGUGUACUCAUACAGAGACAAUGAGAUGAGAGCCACCUUCAAGCAGAUCCUUUGCUUUUGCUGCAAUCGAGGGUCCAAGUACUCACCCUCUGUCAAGUCAACAAAUACCGAGAGGAGAAUAUUGGCUGACAAUGGACAUAUGGUUAGGGACUCCACACUAUAAACCACCGAUCAGGCUCUGAAUUUAUUCCUUUCCUAGGCACCAAGACUACAUCCAAUGGGAAAUUUGCUACUGUGGUACCAUGGGCACCAUUAAUAGUAGUGUGAGUGAGCUUGUUUCCCAUGUUGUAGAAACUGAUUUUAAACUGAGUAGAUCUUAAGGGUUGCGUUUCUGGAUGGAAGGACAGCACAAUGCUCCUCGACUUUUCCCAUGAGUUCUUUUAUGAUGGAUCCAGUUACUGCUUACAAAGGAGAAGAUGUAUUUUUUCAUCAUCUGAGCUCAGGGUGCCAGGAACAAAAUGCAUGCGAUUAUACUGUCUUCUGUGGUGGGGAUGGUAUGAAGCUGGAGAAGAUAUGGAGAUGACUACAUAGCUUUAAGGACAUAUGUACAAUUUAUUUUUUUAAAGGAAGUUUUAAAAGGAGAAAGAAGAUUAUUUCAUAGGAAAUACAUUAGAACAUGUUUGAAGGAUGGCAUAAACUGGAUGGAAAAGAUACUAGUGAAUAUAAUAUGACCACCAAAAUUUACUGUUGAAAAGAAUGAAUGAUAUGGAGUAUGACUGUGUUUCAUAAUCGCCCAACACUUGUGUCAAUGAAAUAAUCAUGGAGGUGGACUCUUUAUAAAGAGUCUUCCUCUGAGCCCUAGAUGCAAACAUUAGGGGCACGGCAACAUUUGGGUGAUCACUUGUGGAGUUAGAUGGUUGACUGAAGAAAUCAGGGUAGUGAGACUCGUCAUAAAAGUUACACACCCUAAGGGAACUGAUCUGGGUGGUCUAUCCACGUUUUAUCUUGGUGCUCAUUUGUAUGGUCACAUCAAACCAGUUUUCCAGCUUUGGAGCUAAAAUGACCAAAUCCCCAUGGAUGUUGUAGUAUCUGUGGUGGAACAUUCCUGACAGAAGCUGAAAAUGGGCAACUCUACAGUGACAGUAAUCCUCUUAAAGGGGUUGUCCGCUUGUAAAAAUAUAUAUAAAAUCUAAUAACUAACAUUCGCCAGUCUGAUCCCUUGUUGCUCUCAUUAUGAUGCUUCCAAGGUCUCCCAACAGUCUCUAAUUCCUAUACCCUAUUAACACAGAAAAUGUCUGCAAAUCACUGGCCACAGCGGUGACCUGCCUCAGCCAGUCAUUGACCACAGCGGUGACCUGCCUCAGCCAGUCAUUGACCACAGCGGUGACCUGCCUUAGCCAGUCAUUGACCACAGCGGUGACCUGCCUCAGCUAGUCAUUGGCCACAGCGGUGACCUGCCUCAGCUAGUCAUUGGCCACAGCGGUGACCUGCCUUAGCCAGUGAUUGGCUACAGCGGUGACCUGCCUCAGCCAGUCAUUGGCCACAGCGGUGACCUGCCUCAGCUAGUCAUUGGCCACAGCGGUGACCUGCCUCAGCUAGUCAUUGGACACAGCGGUGACCUGCCUCAGCCAGUCAUUGGCCACAGCGGUGACCUGCCUCAGCCAGUCAUUGGCCACAGCGAUGACCUGCCUCAGCUAGUCAUUGGCCACAGCGGUGACCUGCCUCAGCCAGUCAUUGGUCACGGGGGUAACCUGCCUCAGCCAGUCAUUGGUCACGGGGGUGACCUGCCUGAGCCAGUCAUUGACCACAGCGGUGAUCUGCCUCAGCCAGUCAUUGACCACAGCAGUGACCAGUCAUUGACCACAGCGGUGACCUGCCUCGUCCAGUCAUUGACCACAGAGGUGACCUGCUUUAGCCAGUCAUUGACCACAGCGGUGACUUGCCUCGUCCAGUCAUUGACCACAGCGGUGACCUGCCUGAGCAGUCACAUUUCCAUGUUGAGAGGGACGAGGAAGUAGACACCAGUGGAAAAACCUUGGCAGCAUCGGAACGGGAGUGGAGUAGGAUUAAUUAGGUGAUAUUACUUUUUAUUAAGCCAUACUGACCCUUUUAAAUAAAAAAAAUAGCACCCGGACAACUCCUUAAAUGUUUAACAAUAUACACCAUCAUUUGGGGUCAUUUUCCUAAUAUAGGCUGUAGUAUGCCAGCAUCGUAGGUUAGAUAUACUUAGAAUGACCCCUUGAAUAUGUGUGCUCCAUUUUUAGUAUUUUUGUAUAAAUCUAUUCAGGUCAAAGUAGCAUCCACUCACUAAUAAUGAUAAUGGAGGCCGUGCCUUGUAUAAAAAAAAAUGGGGGUUGCGGAAAGGGUAGUACAAAGUAACACAAAGCAACCUUGCUGCCCAUGGUAGCUAAUGGAAUCUACGAUGUUAGUCAGCAAUGAUUGGUGGCCAUAGACAUGCCAGGAGUCCACUAUCAGCAUAGUGAAGGCAGCAUGGUGGCUCUGUUGGUGGUUCUGUUGCCCGGGGACUUGGGUUAGGAUCUAAAGUGGCCGGGCCGCAAUGUAUGUUGAGGUGGCUGAGUGCAUGAGCAGCUUAUCCAUGUUAAAGAGGUUGUACAAGAUUAGACAAAAAGAGUCUACUUUAAAGGGGUUGUCCACCCUUUACUAAGUAAUGGCUUAGUAAAUAGCAGGGGUGUCGGACCCGAACCCAUCAACAUAGUAAAGGCUGAACUUCUCCUUUUACGACCAUAAACAGCGCCACUUUUGUCUACGGGUUGUGUCCGAUAUCUCCUUUCAAGUGUAAUACCAGACAAGACCUGUAGACAAAAGUGACGCUGUUUUUGUGGGAAAUAAGACUCUUUUUUUUUGCUAAUGGUGGAUAAGCCCUUUAAAGGGAACCUGUCACCAGG